GUUGGAGGGUGUUGGACAGGGGGAGCAUUAGCAACAGAUGGAGAGGCUUUGUAGUAUGUGUGGGUGUCUGGCUAAUCACAUCCUUUAAUUUUUACUUUUAUUUGACAUUUUCCGGCUGUGACGAAGCGUCUCUGAUGGAGGGAUGCUGUUGAUUUGACCUGAUUGGAGUCUAAUUUGGAGCAACACCAACGUUUCUGUGGAUCACACUCAAUUAGCGGACUUCCUGUCCUCUCCCUCACCCUUCUGUACCAGAUUAAAGCCACAACAUUGUACCUGCUGCACUUAGCCCUCGUCAAGGACGGCACACACGCGCUCGUACAGUUGGGCUUGUUUACACGCUGGUGCAGCCUCUGGUGUUUUAUUGUUCUUUAAUGGGCGGAGAUGAGCGCCACCAGCAGCACCAGACUGAGCCCCAGUCCCAACUUACUGCAUGUCAACGAGCCAAAGCGCUAUGGCUCCACGCUGUCGCUGGAGGAGAAGUGUGAACAGUCUUUCUUCCUCUUCUACUACUACAGGAUGGAGGACGAGGCGGUGGUGGACCGCGGGGCGUCCUUACUCAAACACCUUUGUGACGAGGAGGAGGUAGAGGGUCACCGCACCAUUUACAUCGGAGUGCGUGUUCCUAAAAGCUCUCGGCGUCGGAGGCGCCACCGCCGGAGAACCAGCCAGAAGGACAGAAAGGAGAAGUUGACGGGGAGCGAGCUUGACAAGUCGGACACAGAAAACAACGACGAGGCCAGCAACAGCAUCCUCAAACCUCUCAUCUCACCGGCAGCCGAGAGGAUCCGAUUCAUCUUAGGGGAGGACGAUGACGGGCCGGCGCCGCCGCAGCUCUUCACCGAGCUGGACGAGCUGCUGGAGGUGGACGGGCAGGAGAUGGAGUGGAAAGAGACGGCCAGGUGGAUAAAGUUUGAGGAAAAGGUGGAGAAAGGAGGAGAGCGUUGGAGUAAACCCCACGUGGCGACGCUGUCCUUGCACAGCCUGCUGGAGCUGCGCACCUGCAUAGAGAAAGGCACCAUCAUGCUGGACAUGGAGGCUUCCACUCUCCCUCAGGUUGUUGAGAUGAUCACUGACAACCAGAUAGAGAUCGGCCAGCUGAAAGCAGACCUGAAGGACAAGGUGAUGUACACGUUGCUACGGAAACACCGCCACCAGACCAAGAAGUCCAACCUGCGCUCCCUGGCCGACAUUGGGAAAACGGUUUCCAGUGCAAGUAGGCUGUUUUCCAACCAGGACAACGCCCGCAGUCCUCUGGAGAACUCGGUGACCUGCCUGUCGGGUCACAUCUCCAUGGAGGACUUGCAGAACCAAAGGAGUACCAGUAUGGACUGGCUUAAUAGUCCGACAACGACUCACAAGAACCUGGCGUCCAGCAGCAUGAAUGACAUCUCUGACAAACCAGAGAAAGACCAGCUGAAAAACAAGUUCAUGAAGAAGUUGCCAAGAGACGCGGAGGCCUCCAACGUCCUGGUGGGGGAGGUGGACUUCCUGGACGCUCCGUUUGUGGCGUUUGUUCGUCUGCAGCAAGCUGUGAUGCUGGGAGCGCUGACCGAAGUUCCCGUUCCCACAAGGUUUUUGUUCAUCCUGCUUGGACCCAAAGGCAAAGCAAAGUCAUAUCAUGAGAUUGGCAGAGCAAUCGCCACACUGAUGUCUGACGAGGUCUUUCAUGAUAUUGCCUACAAGGCGAAGGACAGGCAGGACCUGCUGGCCGGGAUCGAUGAGUUUCUGGACGAGGUGAUUGUUCUUCCUCCUGGAGAGUGGGACCCCACCAUCAGGAUAGAGCCUCCCAAAUCUCUACCAUCCUCUGAUAAAAGGAAAAACAUGUACGCAGGAGGAGAUUCCCAGAUGAAUGGAGACAUGCCUCAUGAUGGCGGUCAUGGAGGAGGAGGCGGGCACGCUAUGGGCGACGAGCUGAAGAAGACAGGAAGGUUUUGUGGUGGUCUCCUUCUUGACAUCAAGAGAAAAGCGCCUUUCUUUAUCAGUGACUUCACCGACGCUCUUCACAUUCAGGCUCUGUCGGCCAUUUUGUUUAUCUACCUGGGAACUGUGACGAACGCCAUCACCUUUGGUGGUCUGCUGGGGGACGCUACAGAAAACAUGCAGGGUGUGCUGGAGAGUUUUCUGGGCACUGCCGUUGCUGGUGGCGUUUUCUGCUUGUUGGGGGGUCAACCUCUCAUUAUUCUGAGCAGCACCGGUCCGGUUCUGGUGUUUGAAAGGCUUCUCUUUAACUUCAGCAGGGAUAACGAUUUCGACUACAUGGAGUUCCGGCUGUGGAUCGGCUUGUGGUCGGCGUUCUUCUGCCUGGUGCUUGUUGCCACUGACGCCAGCUUCCUGGUGAAGUACUUCACCCGCUUCACGGAGGAGGGCUUCUCCUGUCUGAUCAGCUUCAUCUUUAUCUACGAUGCCUUCAAGAAGAUGAUCAAGUUAGCUCACCACUACCCCAUCAACUCAGUGUACAGCAUGGAAAACAUCACGCAGUACGGAUGUCUCUGCAUGGGCCCCACGCUCUUAGAAAAUGAGACGGAGCUGCUUGACGAUCCUUUAGAAGACGCUUCAGUGUGGUACAUGAACUACACAGGCCUGCCACCAAACCGCUCCUGGUCGAGCCUCACCAAGUCAGAGUGUUUAAUGUACAAAGGAGAGCUGGUGGGAGAGUCGUGCGGCUACGUCCCAGACAUCACCCUCAUGUCCUUCAUCCUCUUCUUCGGUACCUACACCACCUCCAUGUGUCUUAAGAAGUUCAAAACAAGCCCCUUUUUCCCCACCACUGUGAGGAAACUCAUCAGUGACUUCGCCAUCAUCCUGGCCAUCCUUAUCUUUUGUGGAGUUGAUAUUUUCGUGGGAGUUGACACUCCUAAACUUAUUGUGCCAACCGAAUUUAAGCCAACAAGCUCGAAGCGGGGCUGGUUUGUGCCCCCGUUUGGAGGAAACCCCUGGUGGGUUUACCUGGUCUCCGCCCUGCCUGCUCUCCUCGUCACCAUCCUGAUCUUCAUGGACCAACAGAUCACAGCUGUGAUUGUCAACAGGAAGGAGCACAAGCUAAAGAAAGGGGCAGGUUACCAUCUGGAUCUGUUCUGGGUGGCGGUUCUGAUGGUGGUUUGCUCCUUCAUGGGCCUGCCGUGGUAUGUGGCCGCCACCGUCAUCUCCAUCGCCCACAUCGACAGUCUGAAGAUGGAAACGGAAACGUCGGCGCCGGGAGAGCAGCCCAAGUUCCUGGGAGUGAGAGAGCAGAGGGUCACCGGAGUGGUUGUGUUCCUCCUGACAGGACUGUCUGUGUUCAUGUCUCCAAUUUUAAAGUUUAUCCCCAUGCCGGUCCUGUAUGGAGUCUUCUUGUACAUGGGAGUUGCUUCUCUUAAUGGAGUUCAGUUUAUGGAUCGGCUGAAGCUGCUGCUGAUGCCGGCCAAGCAUCAGCCGGACCUGGUUUACCUGAGGCACGUUCCCCUCAGGAAAGUCCACCUCUUCACCUUCAUCCAGAUCCUCUGCUUGGCUCUGCUCUGGAUCCUCAAGUCCACCGUUGCGGCCAUCAUUUUCCCCGUCAUGAUUCUUGCUCUGGUUGCUGUCAGGAAAGCCAUGGACUACAUGAUCUCCCAGCACGACCUGAGCUUCCUGGACGACGUCAUUCCAGAGAAAGACAAGAAGAAGAAGGAGGAUGAGAAGAAGAAAUGUGGCAGCCUGGACAGUGAUGGUGAAGAUGAGAGAAGCCCCUCUCAUUCCUUGAUCGACACACAUCGUGCUGAGCAGCUCCGCUUCUACCAGGACAGCUACUUAUCCAGCCCGGAGAUGACCCCACUGAAGUCAGUGCCUCAGAUCAGGAUAGACAUGGAGCCGGAAGACGAAGACACGUUUUACUGGAGGGGCCGGGGAUCCGAAACGUCGCUGUAGACCACCAACCUGCAGCUUCCUGUCAAAUUAAUCUUAACUUCUUUUUGCUUCUUUUAUGAUUUUAAGAGGUUUGUUUUGAAUUGCUGGGACUGAAAAAGGGAUCAUUUUUAAGUGCAUCUGUCUUCACAGUCAUGUUGGUAUUUCUCUCACACCUUCAGUCUCACUUGUUGAUUAAAUAUAACUCCUUACUGCUGAUCUAUGCAACUGCUGCCACAGUAAAUGCUGCAGCGCUCUCACUAAACAUGGAGUGCUGUCCCAUCUCUUUUUAUACACAUAUAUAUAUAUAUAUAAAUACAAAUAUGACCUUUCAGAUUUUUUUAUAUAAACUGAACUACUCUAACAUUUUCCUGUAGCAGGAAAGUUAUAUUUUAUAGCUCUACCUCUUGUUUUAGAUUCAAAUCUUAUUACGAACAAAUGAUUCUUGGAGUUUUGAGAUUUUCUCUCUGUCCUUUCCUAGAAUUGCAAUAAUUUAAGAAAUGUGCUGUAUUAUAGCUUGUAAAGGAAAUAAAAUAGAGAUUUAAUAUAAUUAAAUAUAAAUUAACAGAACACAGUUGAGUGUGCUGAUUUGAUUGCUUCUGUUUGUUUAUAAUCAAAUCUUUUACACCUUUUCUUCAAAACUGUUUUUUAUUAACAUAUUUUUGUUUUCUGUUGAUUUUUAAAAAGUGAUGAUGUGUAAAUGUCGGUCACAUUUCCUGUGUAUUUUUCUAUGAUGUGGGUAGAAGAUGAUCAUAAUCAUCCAAACAGGAACCUGAACUGGGAAUGCAUAUCAUAUUAAUACUUUA